UUUUAGUUAAAAAGAAUAUAUUGGAAGUGAAUGCAAUGUUGGUAUCAGAACUUCAGUAUAAAUUUGUUGGUUUGUCCACAGACAAGUAUGCCAGCAAUGUAGUGGAAGACCUUUUACACUAUUCGAGAACUGAGUAUGCUGCUAUUAUAGUGGAGGAGAUAAUGGAGAGCCCUAACUUUAUACAAGUUGUUCAGGACCAAUACGGAAAUUACGUUCUUCAGAGAGCUCUGCAAUACACUGAGGGCCUUUUGUAUGAAAGUCUUCGUGCCAUCAUUUUAUCCAAUCGUGACAAACUGAGUAGCUGUCUCCAUGGAAAGAAGGUUCUAAAUGUUGCCCAAAAGGGCAAGUGAGAGGAUAGAAAACAGCGUCUGAAGAAUUUCUGUGUCUGGGUUGUUGUUUUGUUUUGUUUGAUUGAGUUUUAAUUAUGCUGGGUUGUUAUAUAUUACUAUAUUAGAUAUGUGUUGUUGUCAAAAAAAUGAUCGGUGCUUGGCCAUGAUAGUUCUGAUGCUGCUUUG